CCAGAGCAUGAUGCUCCAGGUUGCAAAAGAUCUCCUGGAGGCUGAAGAGAUUUCGAAAGUGCAGGAAAGAGAAAAGUACAUGGAGGAUAGCUGCCCAGCGCUAUCACUUCCGAGCAGCAAGGAGGAACUGCAGAAAUUGUGCCAAGAACUUCAUGCCAAAAUAGAAGUGAUCGAUGAGGAGCGAUACAUAUUAGAACACACAGCAGACAGAGUUUGCAAUGAGGUGAAGGACUUGAACAUCAAAAUUGUGGAUCUGAAAGGAAAGUUUAAGAAGCCACCUUUGAAAAAGGUGCGCAUGUCAGCCGAUGCUAUGCUUCAGGCUCUUUUGGGCUCCAAACACAAGGUGAACUUGGAUCUCAGAGCUAAUCUGAAACAAGUCAAGAAGGAGGUCAAAGAUGAGCCUGAAAAAGCUGGUGACUGGCGUAAGAACAUUGAGGACAAGGCUGGCAUGGGAGGCAGGAAGAAGAUGUUUGAAUCUGAAGCUUAAUAUGGCCACCAGUCUGUGCUGGCACGCACGCCAGAGCUCAACUUGCUAAUAUCACAUACUGCUACAUACACUGACUGUGGUCUGUAAAUCCUUGCUUUGCCUUUGAUACUAACUUUAAAGCUCGAGUAAAUGAUGCUAGAGGAGCAUUGGUGAUAUUUGAACUCAACAGCCGAAAAAUACCCACACCCCUCCCUGCUGUUAUUUGCAUGAGCACGAAACCCCUGUCCCUGAGUAGCCUGGUGAUCUGUGUGUGCCGGAAUGCACACUGCGUUUCCAGUCGAUAAAGACAAACUUGAAACUAGCUUGAAGACUGUGAGGAUAUAGUCUUCAAAUAUGGCACAAUGUGUAUAGGAUUAGCAUUGAUUGUUCUGCUGUCACAUCUGAUGGACUCUCAUCCCAACAUUUGUAUGAAAAUAAAGUGUAGCGCACAAUGUAAAUUAAGAGAUGAGCUUUCAUGUGUUCUUUACGCUCUAUCAAUCCCAAUGUCUUUUCUUCACCAGUUCCUCGGUAAGUCUUCACUCCCUUCUGAACAUUUCAAGUCUAUGGUACAUACAGUGGACAUACAGUAUAAUGGACAUAAAUGGCUCUAAGCACAUUGUUUUCUUUAACAGG